AUGGAGUCUCGAGUCGCGGACGCCCGGGCCGGCCAGGCUGAGCGCACAGCGGGCAAGGGCCGGACAAGCUGCGGCGCCGCUCAGGGACCCGCAGUCUCGGCGCCCUUGGGUGCUGCCCGGUGGAAGCUCCUGCGGCAGGUCCUGAAACAAAAACACCUGGAUGAUUGUCUACGACAUGUAUCUGUAAGAAGAUUUGAAUCAUUUAAUCUGUUCUCAGUAACAGAAGCCCAAAAAAGGGAAACUGAAGAGGAAGUUGGUGCCUGGGUUCAAUAUACAAGCAUCUUCUAUCCUGAAUACAGUAUUUUCGUAAGGCAUAAUAGUGGAUCUUUGAAUGUGGAUGAUGUUCUUACCAGCUUUGACAAUACAGGAAAUAUUUGCAUCUGGCCGGCUGAAGAGGUUUUGGCUUACUACUGCCUUAAGCACAGUGAUGUAUUCAGGGACCUUGCUGUGUGUGAGCUAGGGGGUGGCAUGACAUGCUUGGCUGGGCUCAUGGUUGCUAUUUCUGCAGAUGUCAAAGAAGUUCUGUUAACUGAUGGGAAUGAAAAGGCCAUCAGAAGUAUCCUUAUUCAGAUAGAAAACGGUCAACGAGGGACACGUUUGAAGAUCAGUGCCCUACAGCAAGGCUACAACCAGGUGCUGAGCCAGACCCUCCCUGAGAGAAACUUAGAAAUCACCUCCCUGAAGCACGAGGCCGAGAACUUAAGGACGGAGGCCACCAUCACGUCAGAGAUGGUGUCAUCUUUGCAAAGAGAUGUGUUAGUAAAGGAUGGUCAAGUUCAACAACUACAACAGGAGGUGAAUCAACUGAAAAGUGAGAACAAAGAAAAGGAUCACCAGCUCGAAGCCCUCAGCUCCAGAGAUAAGAUUUCUCAGUAUUUGCAUGAUGUGCCUGUUUCUGUGAGUCAAGCAAAUCCAUGA